CACAUAUUUUUUAUUUGCAAAUUGUUUCGUUUCAAUGUCCUAAAUUAAAUGUUUUAAUUUCAAAAUUCGAUCCAUAGUCCUACCUAUAUUACCAUGGAUUUGUCAGAAGUGAAAAAAAUUUUUAACCCAAAUACAACAAAAGGCAAAACAGCUAUCGCUGGUGCUGCAGUUGCUACACUUACAUUAACAUAUCUUAUGUAUCGUAUGAUAAGGGGUGAUCCUAAAAGUUGUCCUUGUUGUACUGCAGAAUAUUUAGCAGCAAAGAAAUGCAAACCAAAAAGACCAAAACUAACUUAUUGUCCGGACAAACCAAAAAAAUGCUCGAAAGACAAAUCUGCACAUGGUGGGGCUUCGAAAUCUUAUGAUGAUGGAGAACAUAGGCACAGCUCUAAAGAACCAUCAUGUGGUAGAGAUAAUAGAGAUGAUAGAGAUGGAGGACGACAUUCUGACAGAUCUAGUAAUGGGUAUGGUGACUGUGGAUCUGGAAAUCGUAAACAUGAUCAAGGUUAUGACCAAGGCAGUUGCAAUAGAGGACAUCAUUCAACUGGUCAUUCAGCUGGGACUUGUAACUCACAUAAUGAUAGAAGUCAUCAUUCAGGAUCAAGUUGUCCUCAUGAGAAUCGUGGAAAUGACUGUUCAUCUGGUCAUCAUUCUCAAUCUGGUCAUCAUUCUCGAUCUGGUCAUCAUUCUUCACAGGGCUAUGAGAAACAAUCCUGUAGAGAUUAGAAAACAUCUGUAUGCGAUUUCACUUUGAAUGCAAGAAGUUCAUACAAUAACGAAGAAUUCAUUAAUUCAGUAUCAAUUAGAAAAUCUUAUUUGAUCCUCAAGUGAAAUAUCUCUAGCAUUUCAAUUUCAUUUUGUGCCAGUACUCUUGGAAUGAACAGAGAGGAUUAUAUAAACAAGAGCCAGAUAAUUCAAAAUCAACUAGGAUGGCUUAUUUGAUACUUGAGUCAAGUUUUCAUUUUGCGCAGCUGAAAACUAAAAAUGACCUAAACACAAAUUAUAAAGGACUAAAGGACUUGUUACAUUACAUUUACAAUUACUCAUUACAUACAUUUAACAAGAUACACAUAAGCUACAUUUGCCUAUAUUCCAAACGAUUUCAUGUAUACCAGAAAAUUAUAUAUGUCUACAUAUCAAAAUAAUAAAGUUUGGACAUGAUUUAAAAGCAAAUAUAA